UUUUGAAUAAUAUUCUUUGUAAUAAGUACAGUAUAGUAGUUUCUAGUUAAUGAAAUUCAAAAUGAUAUUUAAAAAUAUUAUUGUAUUAAUACUCAUCAAUUACACUCUAGGACUUUUGUUUAGUGAUCUUCAGUGCAAUUUUACCAUGUACAUGUUGAAUUAUUUUAAUCAUAAUGGUCGAUAUUUAAACGAAAUUAAUAUCAACAAGAAUAUGUACAAUGAAUCGGAUUUAAAAUUAUAUGGAAUCUCAAUCCAAAGUCAUGCCGAAAUUGUCAUGGUAAUGUUAGAUGUAUUAAGAAAAUUUAAUAUUGAAAACUUCACUAACUUUUUCUCAAAAGAGUUAAUGACACUAAAUUUAUACUUCAAUAAUGUUUCGGGAUACACGGACAUGCUUGCAACAAAUGAGGAAGGCAAAAUAGAUCUUUCAGAUCUAAAAUCAAGUAUGCUUGAAGGCUACAUUAAUCUUCAUAAAUUUAUUUUAGUACAAUUAGAAAAUUUGAUACAGAAUGUAUGUAAAGAAGUUUCCUAUGAUAUUGUAUUUAUUACGUGUCCUGAUUACAAUGAUACCGGUAGUUAUACUUUAGAAAACUUAAAUUUAUCUACAAAUAAACUUAAAAAUAGGUUACUUCAAAUUGACGAACGACAAAACAUUACUGAACCUAAUAUAGAAAUGUUGAGAAACAGUUUUAUUUAUAAAGUUUUUAAAUUAACUUAUAAUAUAGGAGAGUACAUCGAUUUUUUACCAAAAAAAAUACUUCUUUAUGAUUUUAUGAUGAAUGGACAGCAAGUAUCCGAAAGAGACUUAUUAUCAGGUUCACAGUCUCGUCAUUAUCAAAUAACAAAAAAUAAUCGGCCUAAGUGUGUUUUAGAUAUACUUCGGUUUGCACCUUUGACUAUAAAUUGUAAGGGCGGAAGUCAAGUUACACUAUUUGAUAUAUUCAGAUUUGUCAAGUAUAGUUUUUACAAACUUGAUGUACAUUCAUUUCAUACACUUGUAAUGACAGCAACAUUUCGCCCUAUUGGUUUACUCAUAAAAUAUUACAUAAAGGUUCUCAGUGGUUCAAUUGUUAUAUAUAAUUUCAAUUUGUCAAAUGGAAUUGCAAAAACAUUUUAUAAUAAUAUGAUCAUUAUUGGUAUAAAAACCAUUGAGUACCUACGAGAAUUCAUUGCUAUGGACAUUUUUGGGACUGAUCCAACUAAAUUUUUCAACAUUAUUUUUUCAAAACUCAAUAUAUUAGUUAACACUUUUAUUAAUAUGAGUACAAAUGAAUAUAAUUUAAGAGUUUCUGAUCUUUCGGUAUUAUUAAAUAAGUUUUUAAAUGAUAAUAAGAUAGAAAAUACAAUUUCACAUGAAGACAUAACAAUUGGUAAUAUUGAUACUUUUUAUACAGAAUUGAUUAAUUAUUUGGAACAUGUCAAGGAAUACAUUUUAGAGCUGAAAAAGAACUUACAAUUUUUUAAUGCAAUUAAAAUUACUUUUAGUGUUGAUGUUAGGUUAAGAAAUAAGGCAUAUAUUUUACAUCCAUCUACAAUUGAUCAGUUAUGUAAAAGGGAUGUGUAUUCUUCAUUAAAAAACAUAAACGACUCUAAUAAUACUCUAAUUGGAAUUAUAAGAAGAAAAAAUUCAAAUCAAGAUAUUCAAUUGAAUAUUACAAGUCAUCAAAAUGUUCAUAACAACAAAAAUGCAGCUAAUGAAAGUCAAAAAUCUCAAAAUAUGUUUCCCAAUUCGCCUAUAUAUUUAAAUAAUUAUAUACUUUUCUUUUGAGUAAAAUAAUGCUUUAGAAUUAUUAAAUUAGUAAAACUAUUUUUUUUGUUUAUUUUUUAAUAAAUUUGUUUAUUAACGUAUUUCAAGUAUUGUCAUGUUUGCACAAUAAAUGGGUUAUGUUUAACAUGUUUUAUGACAUACGUUUACAAUUUUUGGAUAGUUUGUAAGUGUACCAAUAUAGAAUUUAUGUAUUGGUAACAUUAUUUUAAUAACACAUAAACAUAUAGUCGGCUAUCAAAAAAACAAAAAAGUUAUGUGUAAUGAUAUUUAUUAUUAAACAAAACCAUUAAAUAUAUUGUU